GAGGCUGUGGAGGGUGGAAGCUUAAGUCCCGGGGCCCUGGGGCCCCCGCUGCGGCAGAGUCCUGCCCACUCCCUGCAGGGCUCGGAAGCCCGGCGUCCUCGGUCCCCCGCCCGCCCUCAGUUGGGCCGGCUUUGCCCCGCCUAGCCCCACUGUCUCCCCUUGGUGCUAGGCCCGGAUCGAGUCCCGGAGCGUCUCCCUAGCUUACCUCACAGCAGCCCCUUCGCCUUGCUUCGGGCCUGGGAUCCUCCCCUCCGCUCCGGAUUUUAGGUGAAGUUUUGAGAAAGAAGAAAUUGGGGCCAGCGAGGGAAGUGAGGAAAAUCAGAUCCCAGAUCUUUGGGGAAGAAAGAGCUGAAGGAGCAGCAUACCCUCCACCUUAGACCGUCAGGUGGAAAUAGCAGGUUGAGAAGAGCUGGAGCCCACGGGCCUCCUGGGAUCAUAGUUCCAAACAGGCUGGUACCGCCCUCCAGCUGAAGGUGUUCCCUCAUCUGCCCAGGGGAUGUGAUUGUGAGCCCGAAUCUGCAGAUCCUGCGGGAAGAGGGCUCCCGGGGCCAUGGCCGAGGUCAGCAUCAACAGUGACCUUGGCGAGUGGGGCUCGAGCUCAGACUCCGGGGAGCGGGCCCGUCUGCUGCAGAGUCCCUGUGUGGACACAGCCCCCAAGAGCGAAGGGGAGGCCUCUCCUGAGGGUCCAGGCAGAGGCACCACUUCCACCAUUGGGGCCAUCUUCAUCGUCGUCAACGCCUGCCUAGGUGCAGGGCUGCUCAACUUCCCUGCAGCCUUCAGCACCGCAGGCGGGCUGGCGGCCGGCGUCACGCUGCAGAUGGGCAUGCUGGUCUUCAUCAUCAGCGGCCUCGUCAUCCUGGGCUACUGCUCCCAGGCCAGCAAUGAGAGGACCUACCAGGAGGUGGUGUGGGCCGUCUGUGGCAAGCUGACGGGAGUGCUUUGUGAGGUGACCAUUGCCAUCUACACCUUCGGCACCUGCAUCGCCUUCCUCAUCAUCAUUGGCGACCAACAAGACAAGAUUAUAGCUGUGAUGGCGAAGGAGCCUGAGGGGGCCGGCAGCAGCCUCUGGUACACAGACCGAAAGUUCACCAUCAGCCUCACGGCCUUCCUCUUCAUCCUGCCCCUUUCCAUCCCCAGAGAGAUCGGCUUCCAGAAAUACGCCAGCUUCUUGAGCGUCGUGGGCACCUGGUACGUCACUGCCAUCAUUAUCAUCAAAUAUAUCUGGCCAGAUAAAGAGAUGACCCCAGGGGACAUCCUGACCAGGCCAGCUUCCUGGGUGGCUGUGUUCAAUGCCAUGCCCACCAUCUGCUUCGGAUUUCAGUGCCAUGUGAGCAGCGUGCCCGUCUUCAACAGCAUGCAGCGGCCCAAGGUGAAGACCUGGGGUGGGGUGGUGACAGCCGCCAUGGUCAUCGCCCUCGCUGUCUACAUGGGCACAGGCAUCUGUGGCUUCCUGACCUUCGGAGCUGCCGUGGACCCCGACGUGCUUCUGUCCUACCCUUCCGAGGACAUGGCUGUGGCCGUUGCCCGUGCCUUCAUCAUCCUGAGUGUGCUCACCUCCUACCCCAUCCUGCACUUCUGUGGGCGGGCGGUGGUCGAAGGCCUGUGGCUGCGCUACCAGGGGGUGCCGGUGGAGGAGGAUGUGGGGCGGGAGCGGAGGCGGCGCGUGCUGCAGACCCUCGUCUGGUUCCUGCUCACCCUGCUGCUGGCGCUCUUCAUCCCUGACAUCGGCAAGGUCAUCUCGGUCAUUGGAGGCCUGGCCGCCUGCUUCAUCUUUGUCUUCCCAGGGCUGUGCCUCAUUCAAGCCAAACUCUCUGAGAUGGAAGAAGUCAAGCCGGCCAGCUGGUGGGCGCUGGUCAGUUAUGGUGUCCUCUUGGUCACCCUGGGAGCCUUCAUCUUUGGCCAGACCACAGCCAACGCCAUCUUUAUGGAUCUCUUGGCAUAACCACUGCCUCCCAGGCAACACAUGGCCUUUGCCACUGGACCCAGGAACCCAUCUCUUUGAGCUGUGGGGCCACCCUGAGUCCAACAUCAUUCGUCUUUCCUGCUGGAAUGACAUCUGGACAUCCUUUUCCAGGGACAGUUCUGGAGUGAAAGCAGGCCUCACACCUCUGGACAGCUCAAACCCGGCAGUGCGAGGAUUAGGGGAGGAGGUCUCGUGUCACAGAAGAACCUUCCCUGUCCUCCAACGCUCAACUUCUCCAUGCCUGAAAAACAUGGGGGAAGAGGGUCAGAACAUCUCCGAAAAAAAGAACCCAGCCUGACUUUGGAGAAAGAGUGUGGGCAAAGGGCCACCACCAUCCUCCACAGAGCAGCCCGUCCUGAGCAGGGGCUGUGCUUAUUACCCCGGGACUCAGUGCCUGCUCCAAUUUGUCAGCUACUUCGCCCGCAGUGGCUUCUCUGGGAUCUGGCAACUUCCAAAGGUAGCACAGAGGUAAAUCGAGUCAGGCCCUGUUCACCCCAUCCUGGGGCCUCUUUCCCCAAACUUGAGGGUCCAGGCAUCCCUGUCUUCCCCCAUCCCCAGACAUCAUCAAGUCUAAUGUUUACAAACGGUGCCAGCCCGGCUCCGAACCCGAGGCCGGGGGCCGUGCCGCCCCGCCACGGUGCUGUGAGGACUCCUCAGUUGGCUUUUCCCUAGGCAGGACAGCUGCUUCUCUCUCUCCGAUUCCAGGGGGGCCCCUCGCUUCAGAGGCGCAGGGUGGGUGAUAGAGAAGGCUGGGAGCCUUCCACACCCACGCGGGCCAGGCUGGUCAGGCUCAGGGUGAGCCUCUCUGGUAGCUUCUCUUCUGCCUGCCCUCUAGUCACCUCUCCCCUGUCACCCUAGCAGGAUAGCCCACGGAGAAGAGGAGCUGCUGAGUUGUCACUGACUAGGCAACACUUGAGCGUAGUCCCACCAGUCUGGAAGUUUGCCUUCCAGUCCAGAUCUUGUCUGCUUCCUCCCCGUGUCAUUUCUUCAGCCCCUACCCCAUUUUCCUAGCUCAGUCUCUCUGGCUCACAUAAGCCUGGGGGGUAGUAGGGGGUGUGCCCGACCUCCUCUUGUCAGCUCCAGGGGUCUGCCAGGCCUGGCCUGAGGUUACACUGGAUUGUGCCCCAGGCGAGGUGAGGAGGACACUGUUCGUUCUCCUGGUCUGCAUUUCCCUUUCUCUCUCUGGCUGUUCACUCUGACCAAUCCCAGGCAUUGACUCGGGCUUCCUCCACCUGGAACUCCCAGCAUUUCCUUGGUCCCUCUGUAGCUGGGGUGAGUGGGACCCCCCACCCAGCAGCCUACCACUCAGGGCGCUGAGAUCACAGAAGCAGAGGCUGGCUGGCAGUCGGCUGGGCUUCCGCUCAGUUUCCAGACUGGAGGACAGCCAUCCCUCACAUCCCGCGCCCCUGGGCCCUCGGGCCAGACCCUCGCUGCUGUUUU